AUGGCAAAUACUAAUACUACAACAAAAGAAGUAUCUUCAUCAUCAACAUCCAAGUUCAUAAAAUGUGUGACAGUUGGAGAUGGUGCUGUUGGAAAGACAUCCCUUCUCAUCUCUUACACUAGCAACGCUUUCCCUACUGAUUAUGUUCCAACUAUAUUUGAUAACUUAGUGCUGGUUGAUGGAUAGUCUGUGAAUUUGGGUCUUUGGGAUACUGCCGGUCAAGAAGAUUACAACAGGCUAAGGCCUCUUAGUUACAGAGGGGCUGAUAUUUUUCUUCUUGCAUUUUCCCUCAUUAGGCCUAGCUUUGAAAACAUAUCAAAGAUAUGGGUUCCAGAGCUUAGACAUUAUUCCCCAACCGUGCCCAUUAUUCUCGUGGGGACUAAACUAGAUUUGCGAGAAGGCAGACAGUUCCUAAUGAAUUACCCUGGGGCAUGUACCAUCUCAACUGAACAAGGUGAAGAACUGAAAAAGAGAACAGGAGCAGUGGCUUAUAUAGAGUGCAGCUCAAAGACACAGCAGAACGUGAAGGCUAUUUUCGACGCAGCUAUUAAGUUGGCUCUCUAUCCUUCAAAGUCCAAGAAGCACAAGAGAAAACUGAUGCCCUGCAAUGUUGUCUAACCUAGUAUAUAUAUUUCUCGGCAUGUUCAUCCUUUACUUCCCCA